CUUGGGGCUUUAAGUCUUCUUGGCCAGGUUCUCCGACGUCAAGGCUUGAAUAAGAAGGCCGAAAGGCUCUAUUGGCGUGUACUACGAAGGAGAGAGAUCUUGCUUGGAGCUGAGCACCCAGACACGCUCACCAGCGCCAGCAACCUUGGGUUGGUGCUAGAGAGCCAGGGUAUGUACGACGAAGCAGAAGCGAUGCAUCGGCGAGCGCUAGAAGGAUCAGAGAAGGUGCUUGGAGCUGAGCACCCAGACACGCUCACCAGCGCCAGCAACCUUGGGUCGGUGCUAGAGAGACAGGGUAUGUACGACGAAGCAGAAGCGAUGCAUCGACGAGUGCUAGAAGUACGAGAGAAGGUGCUUGGAGCUGAGCACCCAGACACGCUCACCAGCUUAUAUCACCUCGCAUUCCUUUUACAUCGACAGCAACGCUACUCUGCUUCUCUCGGGCCGUACCAGCGAGCGUACGAGGGGCGGGUGAAAGUGCUUGGAGUACAGCAUCCUAAAACA